ACGGCUUGGGAGGAAGGAAGGGAGGAAGCAGAAAGGAAGGAGAGAAACAAGGAAACGGAAAACAAGUACCCGGCCAAAGUUGUUACGCGGACCCGAAUUCAAACCCCUUUUAUACGUUGCCGCUAGCUCUUCUGCUCCCUUCCCCCUCGCCGACCGACCGACCUAUCUUCCUCUCGCCCCUGCCCCACAGAAAUUCCUUCCUUCCUUGGCUCCGGCGCCUGCCAUACCCAUCACCUCCUUCCUCUAUGCCCAAGGAAAGUAUGGCGAGUCCCACCUUUAAACCCUUUCUGAUUGAUUGAUCCCGUAUAAAAUACUUGCCUUCCUCCGUGCGCGUUGCCGCCAUGGAAAGGGCCGACAUCACACGCAGAGCCGGCCUUGUCUGAGACAGAGACGGGGAGACACCGAGAGAGACGGGUUUGGAUCGGGCGACGGAUGGGAGAGGGAGGCCACGUCCUGCGAGGAAGACAUUAAUGGCGAGAGAGACCCAGGGCAGGUGUUAGUUUGGAGCAAGUGCUGCCGUGUCUGUUUGUCUCUCGGCUUCCACGAGUUCUCGGUGUGGUGAGAAGACGAGCAGGAGGAUAUGCUUGCAAGGGAGGCCGCGUCUGGAAGAUAAGUUUCCGGUCGGGGCACACACACACGGGCGUUGAAAAUGUGGCGAGGAAAUCAAUUUUCUCCAGAAUUAGGCAAAAGCAAGAAACUGACGCGUACAGGCCGAAGAUGAGAUAUCUGUGCUGCACAUUCUCGUGACUGGACCAGAAAUUAGGCAGUGGAGGGAGAAGAAGCUGACAUGCCUAGCCAGACUAGAAACUAGAGACCUCUCACAUGACAUGGAAAGCACUCACUGCCAGCUUGCUGACAUGGAACCGAGGAGGCUGGAGCGGUUAGUGUUUCUGCUCUGCUGCUGUGCGGCCAUCACAUGCUGUCUGCACGCGGGAGCUCAGGCCCAACCCACUCUACGACAACAAUCCGAAGGCUCGCCCCACAAUGGAGCAGUGGGCAGGGUGUUGUCGGAGACGGCGAAUCGGUCGCAUAGCGACCUUUCGAGAAGAACGAGAAGAAUCGAUCCUCUUGAUGGCUUGAGGAAGUAUGAGGGAGGGUUCAACAUCACAGACAAGCAUUACUGGAGUUCGACCGUAUUUACAGGUAGAUCUGGAUACAUCAUUGGUGCAUUAUGGCUUAUUGGUGGCAUCAUUUUUGCGGGCUUCCUUCUUGCCUCGAAGAUUUUCUUCGCCAAAAGUAACGAAAGAGAAAGAGACGGUGCCAUCGAUGAUUUUCUUGACAGAUGCCAUCUUGUGUCUGUCAUGCUUAUCAUUCUUCUUGCAGUUUUUGCCAUAGUUGCAUCGGCAAUCGCGCUUCAGGGCGCUGUACGAUUUCAUUCUAGAGCAGAGUCCAUCAAAGAUAUCGUGGGGAGAACAGCGCUUGAAGCAACGGCAACGAUUUACAACAUCACAGGAGCCAUUGAGAGGAUGCAGAAUAUAUCUAAGCUAUACAACAUUAGUAGCCAAUCCUUUGAUCAUCUGAACUCCACAGUAAAGGCACUGAACUCUGAAGCCGUGGAAAUUCAGGCGAAGGCCGAAAAGAACAUGCGCUUGGUCAGCAAAGGCAUCAACACAUUAGAACUUGUCAUCAUUUUAACCGUGACGCUGAAUCUUGUCGUGGUCCUUGUCUUGCUAGUGGGAAGACCUCUGAGGCUACAGAAGUUGUACUACAUGUGCAUAGCCUUGUGCUGGGUACUGACAGUCCUCUUCUGGAUGUACUUCGGGCUGUACUACUUCCUCGACAAGUUCGCCGGCGACACGUGCGCGGCCCUCGAGGAGUACCAGCUGAACCCCAAGAACAGCACGCUGGGCGCCAUCAUACCCUGCAGCGAGAAGAUGUCCGGCAGCGUCAUCCUGCACGAUGUUGGUGCAGGCAUACAUGACAUCAUAGACCAGGUGAAUUCGAACAUUUACGCCAUCAAGUCGGAGUACACCGUGAAGCAGCUGGACUACAUCUGCAACCCGUUCGCCGCGCCGCCGGCGUACCGGUACCGGCCGGAGAACUGCCCUUCCGGCGCAGCCACCAUUGGUGACAUCCCUCAGAUCCUGAGGAGGCUGACGUGCUCGGAGUUGGGCGGUGGCGCCAACUGCGCGCCGGCCGAGCUCUCGUCGGCGAUCGACUACGACAAGGUGCAGACGUACACGAGCUCCAUCCAGAACGUGCUGGACAUCUUCCCGGGCACGGAGCGGCUGGUGAGCUGCGAGCUGGUGAAGGCCGGCUUCGCGGACAUCGUGGGCAACCAGUGCGCGCCGCUGCGGCGCGGCGCGCGGGCGACGUGGGCCGCGCUCGCCGCCCUGUCGACGGCCAUGGCACUGCUCGUGCUCGCCUCGGCGGCGUGCGGCGGCGUCGCAGGGUCGCGCCACGCCGGCGACGACCGCCACUCGGUGAGGCACCUCACGUCGCCGUCCAACUCGGAGGUAUCGGAGACCGAGUUCGCCGAGAUGCACGCCAAGAAGGUGCGAGUGAAGAUCGUCGGGCCGUGAGAGGGAGAUCAAAUUCUUUUUGCUGUGCUCUUUGCUGUUUGCAGGUGAUAGUUUGAGAGAGGGUAUACGGCCGGCGGGAGAGACUGAUCCCGGAGAGAUCAUCCAUCGCCGGCGCGCCAUUGACGCGAAAUGUUUGGUUUCUUUUUGUGCGUGGUCCGGAGAAUCCAGCCAUACACAUGCAGUCUUGGUAUAGGAGAGGAAAAAGAAGAAAUUGGUGUAAUCCUGUAUUUGACCGGCAAAAAUGAUGCUGUUUGUAUAUAGAUUUUUUAAUCAGAGCCUGA